AUGGCUUCCACUUCACUACCCAUUCAGGAGCAUCACCAACCUGAUAUCCCCGGCAAAGUAAAAGUCACCAUUUUGGCCUCGGAAUGGGAGUCAAGUAAAGAAGCAUUUUCUACCUUAAACAGAGAGCUUGCCAUACAACUGGCUAAAUUCCCAGAGGUGGAAAUCACUUUCUUUUUGCCAAGAUGUACGGAAGGGGAAAAGAAUCACGCUCUUAGUCGCAAUGUGAAGGUUGUUGAAGCAAUACCGCAUCCUGGGUGUGAUGAACUGCAAUGGCUAUGCUUUCCACCUGACGAUUUGCAAAUUGAUAUAGUUGUCGGCCAUGGAAUUAAACACGGUUACCAGGCACAAGUUAUUAGAAGAUCUAAAAACUGUCAGUGGGUGCAAAUGGUCCACACAGACCCAGAGGAACUAGGAAUGUUUAAAACCUAUGACAAGCCAAUUUCAAAGGGCGAAGAAAAGCGCAAGACUGAAGUGGAACUUUGUAAAAUGGCAGAUCUUGUUAUAGGAAUUGGACCCAAGCUGAGUGAAGCCUUCCGCACAUAUCUCCGUGGGUCUCAGGAAGUCAAAUGUGUUCAUGACUUCACCCCAGGAGUUUUUGAUGAGUCAGAUGAGUUUGUUAGUGUAAAGCAAAGUCACGAGGAGCAAACACAUUGUAGUGUCUUGGUAUAUGGCCGCGGCGAUGAUGAAGACUUUGAAUUAAAAGGAAUUGACAUCGCAGGAAAAGCUAUUUCUAAUCUGCGCGACACUCACCUCGUGUUUGCUGGGGCCCCAGAUGGAAAGCACGAGUCAAUAGCAAGACGAUUAAGUGAACAAUGUGGUGUUCCCAGAAGGCGUUUGAAAGUAAGAGGCGUCCCAAGCCGGGAGGAGUUGAAACGCUGGUUCAAGGAGAUGGACCUUGUACUUAUGCCGGCAAGAACUGAGGGCUUUGGGUUGACAGGACUUGAAGCCUUGUCAGCUGGUCUUCCUGUGCUUGUCAGCAAAAACUCAGGGUUUGGAGAAGCCCUGUCCAAGCUACCAUUUGGGUCAUCAUUUGUUAUAGACUCAGAGGAUCCUAAGGUUUGGGCAAACGCCAUCGGGGACGUCUUGAAUAAAGACAGGCAGAAACGUCUUAAGGAGGCUGGGAUCUUGCGCACUUCCUAUGGAGAGAAAUUCAACUGGGCCAAGCAGAGCAGAGAUCUUGUAGAUAAGAUGAGAAGCAUAGUUCACGGUAUGGCGUUUCAAAUUUGUUGUAUAUACACUGUAACAUAUAAAAAUUGGUUUAAAAGUAAAGUUGGAAUGAAGUACUGUGCAUGA